CAAGAAGGCUUUGGGCUAGCAGGGUUCUAUGACAGCGCGUCUCCAAUAAGUAUUAACUAGGUUUGACGGCUCUAUAUUGCCAAACAGUGUGAAGAGUUUGCAAUCGGAGUUACUGGGAUGAGUUGUUUUGGGACUCUAAUUUUGCCAAAUUCCUGUUCUUUUUACAUGAUUGGGUGAUUUCUAAUCUUUGCGAGAUUCAUCAACAAGGGCUGUGGGAAGAACAACCGCAACCUACGGUGCUCUACAACAUUAAAAAAAUGCUAUUGAAUUAAGUUGAAUCAGAUGCAAUGGGGAUGUCAAUUGAUAGGUUGAGCGACUUACCUGACAAUUUAUUGUGCUGCAAAAUUCUCUCUCGCCUUCCUCUAAAAGACGCCAUUCGCUCCUCCAUCCUCUCCACUAGAUGGAGACACCUCUGGAAGCAUAAUCCCUGUCUCCAUUUCUCUCGUGACUUUUUUCAAUCACUGAAUCAUCCAGACAGAGUGCGAAGUCAAUGCUUAGGAUACCUAAAACAUACAGUUGAUAAUAUUCUUCUCCGCCAUUCUGCCAAGCUCGAAAGUUUUAGGUUUUAUUUUGGGCAUUCAUUGAGUAGAGUUAAUGUUGAGAAUAUUGCAGAAUGGAUUGACUGUGCAGCUGCUAAGGGAGUUAAGCAUGUGGGACUUGUCAUCAAUUUUACCAGAAUGGAGAUUCAUAUACCACCACCUCUUUUUGAUUGUCUCUCCCUUGCGGAUUUGGAGCUUGGAGGUUUUACGUUUUCAGAAAUACCCACUGACUUUGGGGGUUUCUUGUCUCUUAAAACGUGCUCUUUUUCUAAUAUUGUAAAUUUGACUGAUGAUAAGCUUCAACAGCUCAUAGCAUUAUGUCCGCAUCUUCAGAAAUUGGUUCUGAAAAGCUGUUUUCAACUAAAAAAAUUAAGAAUUAGGGCUCCGGAUCUCGAUAGCUUGAAUUUGACAGCUUGCUGUUGGAUAGAAUCAUUGACAGCAGACUGUCCUCGACUGGUCAAACUCGAAGUGGAGGAUUGUGACAGGCUAUUUAAAAUGCAGCUAAAUUUUUGUAUGUUUCUACAAGAUCUAUCUGCUUCAGGUUUUGGGUCAUUUGGAGGAGCUACUACUGUGAAAUCAUUAAAAACAUUAUCCUUUAUGGCAUGCCCAGAGAUUUCACAUCCUCCUUUUCUUGCCCUAGUUGGCAGUUUUCCUGAUCUGGAAGAAUUGAAAUUAACAGCCAUCUUCUUCGAGGACAUGACAAGAGGCAAUAUGGUUGUACCAUGGCAAGAUGUGGCGACGCUAAAGUUGUUAGGUCACAAAAAGUUUCCAAAUCUGAAGAAGGUAUACAUAGAAAUAUCAUCAGAGAUGAGUCAAAAUGAAAUAGCUUUCCUGGCUUACCUUCUAGCAUAUACUCCAUGUUUGAAAGUUAUUAGUGUCAUCCUACCUCACUGCCCCAAAAAUAUUCACAAGCAGAUGUUCAUAGAUCAACUAUUGUAUUUAGAUAGGCUGUCUCAUGAAGCAGAGAUAAGAAUAUUAAAUAACAGAGAACUAGUUGAUGCAAUUUGUAUGGAAAUGCCUUUUUCUGCCUCCGACUACUCACGGGAUUCAGAUUAGAAGAAAGAAGAAACUAACAGGCCCUCUGUUUUUAUAGGUUAUAAACAACCUAUGAAAUACAUGAAGGUGACUAGUUUUAUCAGUAGCGUGAGUAGUAUAAUCUUUCGUGAUAAAGGACUACGUCUAACAACAAUAUACAGUUCUCAAGGGAUUACUCUGGCAUGGUGUCUACAAGACACAUCAUCUUAUUUAGGAUCGGCAAAUAAAAAAGGAAGAAUGAUCUGGAAGGAAUCCUGCUUCAAUGAUUCAGCGGGCAGGGCAGCUGUUUGUGUUAAGAGCUCUUUGGCGCACCAUGGCUUCAAGCUGCCCAACGAGCUCGGUGGUUGCUAGUGUCUAUGGUUGACUCUAAACUGUUAGUUUCGGAAUCAUAUCUGUUGGUUUACAGCCUUAAUGGUGUUGGUCCAUGUGGUUGUUUCAUUGCUGUUUGUGGGCCUUCAUCACUGUAUCUUUAUUCAUCUUUGUAAAAGGGGCUGAUCCCUUUCAAAAACCCUUAUUUACCCUUAAUUAAAAAAUAUAUAAUUUGGUGUGCCAAUUUUUUAAAGAGGUUUUAAGUU